GCCGGCUGGGUUGCUGACGCAAGAGUUGGUAACCCUGAACAAGUGUCCGUGUCAAACAGAAUAAACAUUUAAAACCUCGAAUAAACUAUUUUUCUUGAGGAAAACCUCUGGAAAUCAAUGGAGUUUCCAACUAUUUUUGUCACAGUUGGCUCAACGCACUUCAGGGAGUUAAUUGAUACAAUAAAUUCCGAAGAAAUGGCACAAGUCCUUAGGGAAUUAAAAUGCCAAAGGAUACAUCUUCAGACUGGUUCCUACGAGGGCAAUAAUUCUAGUUCAGAAAUCCCUGAAAUCCAGACCAAUAAAUUUCAAUACACUUCAGAUAUCGGGCAGUUUAUUGCAGAGUCCGAUUUAGUAAUUAGUCAUGCUGGAGCUGGAACGUGCAUUGAGGUGCUGGAGCAGAGCAAACCUCUUAUUGUUGUUGUUAAUGACUCCCUGAUGCACAACCAUCAGACUGAAUUGGCUGAAAAGCUGGCAUCUGAGAAUGUCUUAAUCUCCUGUACCCCAUCCACCCUCUGCCGAACCCUGAGGCAGUUUAAUCUCAAUAAAUUGAAAAAGUACGAAAAAGGUGAUCCGAACAAUUUCAUCAGGGAACUUGAUAAACUUGUAGGAUUUGUAUAGCCGUAGGUAGAUAAUGAAAAUAUUGUAAAAAUAAAUCAUUUGUGAUUUAAAACAUUUUUACAAAUCAAUCAAAAUCGAAUAAAAUUUGAGAAUAUAAAAAUUGAAAA